AAUCAUACCCUCACCCCCACCCUACCAACACCCUCGCCGCCUCUCCUUUCCAACACUUCCCCACUAAAAAGCUCCGCUUCACCACCACCCUCACAAUAAAAAAAUAAUUUCACCUUUCUGCCUCGGGCCUCGCAAAGCCAACCAUAUUUAUUCCCUCUUUUCGAUUAAAUAAAGGUGAAUUCUCUCUAUUAUCUCCUCUCUUUCGUCACUUCAUUGAUUUCGCAAUUCAAUUUUUCUUCUUCUCGAUUCGAUUCGAUUAUUUUAUUUCGAUUCUCUGAUUGCUAUGGCAACUUUAUCAAUGGGUUCGUCAUACUGCAUUCCAUCUGAGAGCCUACAGCAUAGAGCUGGUCAGAAUGUCUAUGGCAUUGCAAACAAUAUGGAGGCAUCCCGAAUAAAAGGAUCUUGUGUUAGCUUUGCUUCUUUGACAUGUGACGAGCGAAACCCAUUACAAAAUUUACGUUCGGAGGGCAUCAGAUUAGGUAGAAAACGUGGGCAACAUGUGAUUGUUGCUGCUAGUCCUCCUACAGAAGAUGCUGUGGUUGCUACAGAACCUUUGACAAAAGAGGAUCUAGUGGCAUAUCUAGCUUCUGGAUGCAAGCCCAAAGAAGAGUGGAGAAUAGGAACUGAACACGAGAAGUUUGGAUUUGAGUCUGAAACAUUGCGACCUAUGAAGUAUGAACAGAUAUCGGAAUUGCUUUAUGGUAUUUCUGAAAGAUUUGAUUGGGAUAAAAUAAUGGAAGGCGACUACAUUAUUGGACUCAAGCAGGGGAAGCAAAGCAUAUCGCUGGAACCUGGUGGUCAAUUUGAGCUUAGUGGUGCACCCCUUGAAACUCUGCAUCAAACUUGUGCUGAGGUCAAUUCCCACCUUUACCAGGUGAAAGCCGUAGCAGAAGAGAUGGGGAUCGGAUUUCUAGGGAUUGGUUUCCAGCCAAAAUGGGAAAGAAAAGACAUACCUGUAAUGCCGAAGGGAAGAUAUGAAAUUAUGAGGAAUUAUAUGCCCAAAGUUGGUACACUCGGACUCGAUAUGAUGUUCAGGACUUGUACGGUUCAGGUUAAUUUGGACUUCAGUUCUGAAGCUGACAUGAUCAGGAAAUUUCGUGCUGGUCUUGCAUUACAGCCUAUUGCAACAGCAUUGUUUGCUAAUUCACCUUUUACGGAAGGAAAGCCUAAUGGUUACCUCAGCAUGAGAAGUCAAAUAUGGACAGACACAGAUAACAAUCGAGCUGGAAUGCUUCCCUUUGUGUUUGACAAUUCCUUUGGGUUUGAGCAGUAUGUUGAUUAUGCUCUUGACGUCCCAAUGUACUUCGUAUACCGCAAGAAGAAAUAUAUUGAUUGUGCUGGACUAUCCUUCAGGGACUUUUUGGCUGGAAAACUUGCUCCUAUUCCUGGUGAAUAUCCUAACCUCAAUGAUUGGGAGAAUCAUUUGACAACAAUAUUUCCAGAGGUCAGGCUUAAGAGAUACUUGGAAAUGAGGGGUGCUGAUGGCGGACCUUGGAGGAGGUUAUGUGCAUUGCCUGCGUUUUGGGUAGGUAUAUUAUACGAUGAAGUCUCGUUGCAAAAGGUUUUGGAUAUGAUAGCCGACUGGACAAUGGAAGAAAGAGAGAUGCUGAGAAAUAAGGUCCCGGUAACUGGUUUAAAAACACCAUUCCGAGAUGGAUUAUUGAAGCAUGUUGCCCAAGAUGUCAUGCAAUUAGCGAAGGAUGGCUUGGAAAGGAGAGGCUUUAAGGAAACAGGGUUCUUGAAUGAAGUGGCAGAGGUGGCUAGAACAGGCGUGACACCUGCUGAGAAGCUUCUCGAGUUGUACCAUGGGAAUUGGGGAGAAAGUGUGGAUCCAGUAUUUCAGGAGCUUCUUUACUGAAUGCUCAAUGGUACUUGUGAUUCAGUUUGCGUGUGCUCUUCAAUCGUACAAUUGAAGAUGUACCUUUGUCAGUUUGUUGUUUAGUCAGUUCAUCAAGUAUAGUCACAACUUCAAAGCAGGAAUAAUGUGAUAUCUAUCUAUCACAAUGAAUCUUCACAUCAGGUGCACACCUGUAUCACUAAUGUUUCCAUGCAAAUGGGGAACAGUUCCGCAAUGUAUUUCAUGCCUUUUUUUUGUAUGUGCACUUUAUCUUCAGUUUGGGGUUCAGAUUUGAUCUUCUAAAACAUGGUUCAUAUUAGAACUCAUUUGUGAGAUUUAUGUCUUCAGAUGUAAUUUGUAUGGCAUCGAAAGUUGGUGCAAGUAAUUUAUUCCCCUUAA